UGUGCACAGUAGCUAGCAAGCGCGUACACCCUGUGCAAUACUGUGUAUUUUCUGUUAUUCUCAUCAUUCCUGUGGUCGUAGCUGGCUUUUAAAGAUGAACACAGUUUUGUCGAGAGCUAACUCUUUGUUCGCCUUCUCCCUGAGCGUCAUGGCGGCCUUAACUUUCGGCUGUUUCGUCACGACAGCAUUCAAAGACAGAAGAGUUCCUGUGGACAUACACGUCUCCAAAGUCAUGCUGAAAAACGUUGAUGACUUCACAGGACCCAGAGAGCGCAGUGAUCUGGGUUUCAUCACCUUUGACCUCGCAGCUGAUUUGCAGCCAAUUUUUGACUGGAACGUUAAACAGCUGUUUCUCUAUCUUUCUGCCGAGUACACCACGAAGAGCAAUUCUCUGAAUCAGGUGGUGCUGUGGGAUAAGAUCGUCCUUCGAGGUGAAAAUACCAAACUGAACCUCAGAGACAUGAAAUCCAAAUACUUCUUCUUCGACGAUGGGAAUGGACUCAGAGCCAAUAAGAACAUCACGCUCACACUGUCGUGGAACGUCGUUCCCAACGCCGGGAUCCUGCCUCUUGUCGCUGGAAGUGGACACGUCAGCCUCCCAUUCCCGGAUACAUACGAGACCACCAAGAGCUAUUAGACACAAACACAAACCUGGCCAAUUUCAACACACUGUACACACACACACUGAUGACUCACACACACUGUGCGCUGGUGUUUCUUCAUAGAUGUAAAUGAAUUUUUGGUUUGUAAUAAAAGUUGAGAUUGGAAAA